CCACCGCUAUGCCCACCAGACACAAACCACUACAACCCGAGGCUCCGGACCACCGCGUACAAAACAACACCUCCAAGAAGGAAAGCGACGCCGACGACGCUGCUGCCCGGACAUGUCCUAGGGUUUCCCCGGCACGCGGAAGGAGGUGGGGAUGGAUAUCACCGACACCCUCCAGGAAGGAAUGGUGGCACCCGCAAGUGUCACCGCAUCGGGGCCGAAGACCGGCAAGGAUUUCUCCCGUACUCCAAUCCCCACCGCCCCACGGACCGGAGCCGACCAGCCAGAUCGCCGCCCACCACCAUGCGCCAUCGCGGUUGCGCCGUCACCCACGCCGCCUCACUGCGAACACCAACACGAGGCCAAGAGGACCGGGGAGAAGCGCCCCGCGGAGGGAGAAGCAGCACCGAAGCCGAACGGGAGGGAACCACCUCCACCGCCGUCGUGCGGGAGGCCAGAACCUCCGGCACUGUCGCGGUAGCCGUCCAGACGCGGUAGCAGGGCAUGCCAGGCCACCCCUGGCCCGGCCAGGCCCGAAACGGGCCCGCUAAGCCCCGCCGCCACACUGCAGCAAGCCGGCGAUGGCGCCGCCAGCACCCUGCCGCUCAUCGUCUCUCCCCCGCCUUCCGGAAGCCACGAAGCAGACCCGCCCCGCCGCCGGCCCGCCCAGGCCCAGAUGGGGCCCGAAGGGCCUAGAUCUGGGCUGAGCGGGCGCCGCCAGGCCGCGCCGCCGCGUCACCCCGCCGCCAACGGCGCCGCCGCCGUCCAGAAGUCCGCCCUCGCUCGCACCGGGAGCCCUCGCCGCCGCGCUGGACCGCCGCCGCCUAGAAGCACCGCCCGGGGUCACCCCUUCCCGCGCCGGCGGACACCCGAGAGGGAAAAAGCCAGGGGGGCGCCGCCACCAGCGUCGCCCGGGCCAGGCCCGCAGCGGGCGCCGGCAACGGCGGUAGAGAGGAAGGGGGAGGGAGAGGUGCGCGGGGAAGAGGGCUGGGCGCGGCCAGCCGCCCGCGGGGGCGGCGCGGUCGCGGGAGAGGAGAGGAGGGGGAGGCUCGUUGGUUCUCGAGCUACCAAUUAUACAUCGGACAAGUUCGUUCAAGAGCACAUUGACCUCGCCAACGCCGCUGCAAUUUCACGUCCACCGACUGGCCCAACGAAGUAAAAGCUCGAUUGAUAUAGUUAGGCUAACUAGCUACAAGUAACACGAAGGAGCCAGGAGAGCCAUUGAUGGAUCCUUGGCUGGCUUCCUUCCCUAUGUAGGUUGGUGCAUCACUGUUUUCGGGCAAAGAACAAAAUCGACUACUAAUGUAUGUAUUAUGGUACUUGUCAGCAACGGAGUAUGUCUUAAGUCGUAGUAAUAGUUGCUCUCGAACUGCGCCCUGUUCUAUUAUUAACAGGAUGUAUUACCUGCUUUCUUCAUGCACAAUACAUCUACUCCCUCCGUUUCUAAAUAUAAGUCUGUUUAGAGAUUUCAAUAAGUUACAUACGGAGCAAAAUGAAUGAAUCUACACUCUAAACUAUGUCUAUAUACAUCCGUAUGUAGUCCAUAGUAAAAUCCCUAGAAACACUUAUAUUUAGGAACGGAGGGAGUAUAUAUUUUGCCUCUCUUUAUUUUCUGAUGAUGGUACAUACAGAUGUUCACCUGCUGGCAUUGAUUAACAAAUGUCUUGAGUGUUUGUUCCACAAGUGUUGAUCUUCCAAGCCUGCAAGCAAGCCUCCUAACCAUGGUUUCAAAUGUGGUUGAAGAUUAAUACUCCCUCCAUUCACUUUUGUGAACUACAGAGAACAUUGGACAAGAACAAGCUCUGAAAUCCUGAAUGUAUGUUCUUCAGGGACUUACAUAGAGCUCAGCAACACGUUCUCGACCUCGGCAGAGGCAUUUCAGCUGAGCAAGCGCAUGACAUACUCCAUCACUCCGGCAUCACAAGGCAGUCUGAUCUGGACAUCCUCAGGAGCUCUCUGAAGAUUGGCGUGCUGAGGUACACUGAUUGUACCUCGAAGCGCCUCCCAUCGGCCGAGUACAUGACACAGUGGCCCUUGACCGCUAUUGAGCUAGAAAUUCGGAGAAGUGGGAUCUAGAUUUUAUAAUGCCCUGUUGGUGGUGGAGUUGAUGAAGUGAUGCUGUUGAGCUUAGCCGUCUGCUGAAUUUAUAGCUGAGAGGAAGGACAUCGUGACAGUGAAGUGUAGUUGUAAUCAGAAAAGAUGGCAGGGGACAAGACCAUGGGAUCAGCAGAUGCAGUGUUGUAUGAUUAAUUUGGAUUAGAUUGUGCUGGGGCCAAAUGUUUGGAGCAUCAAAGCAUAGGUUUUCUCUCAUAUCAUCUGUCAGCGUGACAAGCUGGUGAGGGAUAAGGCCAUGUUCUGUUCUGUGACUCAGGUUAUGGAAGGAUCGGGUUUAGAUAUCAUCAGUGUCAAUGAUCAUGCUUCUAUCUGAAGGUCUGAACUUGAUGUCUGGCUGGAAAAGAAAACGUAGGACUAAAUGAUCAGGAACUCGUUAUGGUUGUGAUUGGUCGCUGCUAAACUUUCAGUCUAACGUGGUUUGCAUUUCACUGUUGCUUCCCCCAUUUUCACACAAGUCAGAAAUAAAUAAAAAGAAGAUACCCUGUUUUAAGAGGAUCCUAGCCAGCUGCCGCUCUUCAGAAGCUAGUAAACAGCUACAUACUGGCUAAACCCUACGUGUGGCGCCACCACACUGCCGUCAAAGCAGCAUGACCUGGCAAUGGAACUCACGAACGCCAUCACCACCUCCGUGGAAGCAUCUCUCCUGAGCAAGCACAUGGCGUAUUCCAUAACCACAGCAUCGCAGGGAGCACGAUGCGACUGUCGUCGCUGCCCGCGAACCCAAACUCCCCCUGAGACAUCCUCAGAAGCUUGAUGAAGACCGCCGUGCCGAGGUGAGAAGCUGUGCAUGCACCUGUCUGGUUGUCUCAGUGUGGCAAGCUCGCUGGAAAGGCUGAUUUGAUCUCUCCAGUCACCCCAGAUUAGCACCACCACCAGCACAUCAGUUCAUCCAGAAACCAAAGCAACAUUACCACACCUAGCCAAGAAAGAAAUACAAGGAGGAGGAAAAGAAACAUGGUUAGUGCCAAGAGACUUGCUCAGAUGGCAAAGAAGUGGCAGAGGAUGGCGGCCAUGGGGAGGAAGAGGCUCACCCGAAGCACGACAGUGCCGAAAGGAGCAGCCAAUGGCGAGUGCUGCGCGACGUCGCCGUCGGUGGCGAUGAAGGGCCACUGCAUGGUGUACACCAUAGAUGGGGCACGGUUCGAGGUGCCGCUGGCAUACCUCGGCACGUCGAUCUUAAGCGAGCUCCUGACGAUGUCCCACGAGGAGUUCGGCUUUGCAGGCGGCGAUGAUGGGAGGAUCGUCCUACCCUGCGACGCCGCGGUCAUGGAGUACGCCAUGUGCUUGCUCCGGAGAGAUGCCUCCACGGAAGUUGUGAAGGCAUUCAUGAGCUCCGUCCCAAGGCCGUGCAGUUUUGAAGGCAGUGUGGUUGGCGUAGGGAUUAACCAGCAAGUAGCUGUUUGUUAGCUUCUGAAGAAUGGCAUGCAGCUGUAGAGGAGCCCUACUCUGUUCAUCUCUGUUCAUUGCCUGAUGUUAAUAUACAGUAGCAAGUUCUAGAUUGGACAACGAAAUUUAUGAAGAUUACCAUGGAUAUAUAGAAAAUAAAUUAAUCAAACAUAUCUUGUUGGCAAGAGGUACCAAAUGUGUAUCAUUUCUGCUGUCUCUGAUUCAGGGUCCAAGCUGAAGUUGCACUAUAGGUCCAACUUGCAGCUGCCACCAUGUUGAAUGCAACCAUCUUAACAAGCUACACUAGUUUGUGGAAACGGUCAUGAAGAUAUAAAUACUAGUACUCCAACAACAUGUCAUGAUAGUCAAUUACUGCCUCGGUGACCCGAUCAUAGCCGCAUAGAAGGACUCGAAUGGACGAUCAUUUGGAAUCGCGAACAAGAGUCUGAUGAAACUCUAAUCUUCUUGAGACUAGAAUCCAGUCUGUCCUCCAAACUUGGUUGAACUACACAUACUUUCCGCUUCUCCCUCACGGCAGAAGUUUCUUCAAUGCCCGGUCCCUCGCUUUCUACUCGAACACCACUUUUGUGCAACAUGAGUCUUGGCCUAUUCAGGUGGUUCUUUGUUGCUUGCCCCCAGUCUUGUCUUGUUUGGUCAGGCACUCCAGAGUCAACCAUUAUAUUGCCAACACAGUUUCACCUGACGACUCAUAUGCAGUUAUAUUGCCAACACAGUUUCACCUGACGACUCAUAUGCAGUUAUAUUGCCAAUUAAUACAGUUUCUCUCAAAAAGUAGCAUAUGGAUGGAUGGAAACGAGCUAGCCAGCAUAACACUUCAGGUGAAUCUAUGUAAAUUGUAACUGAACGGAUAGUUCAUCUGUAAAUGGGUCCAACUUUCCAUUGAAACGCAUGUCCUCAAGUUUGAAAGCAUUUGAUUUGUAAAGCACAAGUCUCCAUUUUUGUACAAGUGAAUCAUAUUCAAGUUCUUCCGUUCUGGAUCUGAGCUACUAGCAUAUACGAAUGAUCGUGCAUACAACUGAAAUCAGGGAGCGAAGCAGCCAUGCAUAUGAGUAAAUUGUGCAUAUUUGCCAGUAAUUAGACAAAAGGUACUGGAACGGGCGCUUUUCCAGCUAGCACCACAGAGGGCCACUUUUCAGGAGGCGCGCAUAUAUCAGCGCACCCCAACCCCUAGUAUAUACUAUAUAUACAUCAUGGCGAGACACGUCAAAGAUGGAGGUGUGUAACAUAAAUGGCAAAUAUAAAGGCAGGUGAAUAAGGCUAGGUGCAUACACAAGGUAGGUGGUCUAAGGACAAGCUUUGUGAUGAUCUUAAAGCAUACUGCACCUCACAUUCAGGCACUUAGCUUGGAGACUGACACAUAACUACAUGUCGAGCCACCAGCUGGUCUCAAGAGUGCCUUUAUAAAUUAACACGUUUAUGCUAUAUUCACGCAUGCGGUUGUGAUUGUUUUUCAUACCUUUACUCCAUGAGAAAGACUAUCCAUGCUAUAGAGGAGUAGGUGUUCAUUACAUGACCACACUGCAUGGGAUUGGGAGGCAACAGGAAUCUGGACGAGCAGUCCUGCGUUGCGCAGCCGCUAGUGGUGACACUCCUUAUGAUAGGGCGACGAUGUUAAUGUCGCUUAUGUGCAUCACCUAGUCCAAUUUGCCAAUAAAUCGGAGCUGACACACUCUCUUCGACAGUGAGGAGCUCUUCUUCCCUAUGGUUUUUCAUGACAGCUGCACUCACUGUUUUUAUAGCUGGGCCUAGAGGUUAUCUUGGUUCAACGAAAUCGAAUUAGAAUCCUGAUACUUUUAGCUAGAAUUUUACAAAAAGGACCUUUAGUUCUCGCGCGCUUAUAUGUGUGUGUAUAUAUACCAGAGCUUGCUGUGAAUACAGAUGAUAGAGGUAGGUUAACCUGCAGUCUUGCAGUCUAUGGCCCCAGAGAAAUCAAAUCAAGAUGACACUGCACUCUUGCAGUUACUGCAGUUGGUAGUUGGUACUCAGCUCAUGGUCCUGUCCCUUGCCAACUUGUCACAGAUUACCAGCACCUAAACUGCAUUCUUCUUCUUCUCCCUUGCCUAUAUGUCCAUCAGCAUAUAGCACGGGCGUCAGAAAAUUCAGUUCAAGGUCUCACAAAGUACAUGUGCACCAGCUUGUCACGAGUGGAAAUUACUCGCAAUACAUUGCACUGGAAUUUAUUGAAGAGAAUGAAAGGAAAAACAAGUACUCCCACCGUAUCGUAAUAUAAGAUGUUUUUUGACACUUUGACAGUGUAAAAAAAAAAAGAACGCCUUAUAUUAUGAGACAUAGGUAGUAUAUAUGUUCAGUU